AUGAGCCGCGGCGGUGCCGCUGUCAGUGCCCAGGAACUGGUGCAACUGGUCAAUAACGAGGGCGCCGUGGUGGUGGAUCUGCGUGACAAAGCUGAGUUUGAGGCCGGCCAUAUCGUAGAUGCGAUCAAUAUCCCGUUUGCCGCGAUCGAGACGCGGAUGGAUGAAUUAAACCCGCACAAAGGCAAACCGAUGGUUUUGGUCUGCAAAAUGGGUCAACACGCCGGUUCAGCCGGUACACAAUUGCGUAAGGCUGGGUUUGAACAGGUGAGCCGUCUUCGCGGUGGCAUUGCCGACUGGCGUGCACAGAACUUACCGGUCGACAUCAACACAACAGUAAAUAACCUGGGUGAUAACCGACACGAAGUGGUGCUGGCAGUUACCGUCACCUCAAAGCGCGAUGGUGAUCGAGUGGCGUUUGUGGCGGAAGUGCACUACGCGGGCAUAUUUGUCAUUAAUGGUCUUGAUGCACAGCAGCUGCAUCAGGUCAUUGGUAUCGCCUGUCCUAACACGUUGUUUCCCUACGUGCGGGAGAAUCUUGAUAGCCUGGUGGUUCGCGGUGGCUUCCCCGCCAUGCAGCUGGCGCAGGUGAAUUUUGAAGCGCUGUACGCUCAGGCGAUGCAGAAAGCCAACAAGAAGGAUGAUGCCCCGGUACAACACUGA